GUGAAAAGUUGAGCACCACUGAAAAUCAGCUGUUUCUGUUAGAGUAGCAUGAUGAAUAACGAAUAAAAAAAAUUGUUUAUGAAAGAUUUCAUUUUUUUUAAUGGUUAAUAUAAAUUCAAAGCACUGUUUUUUAAAACACAAAUAGAUUUUUAUUUAUUAAAUUCUUAACCAACUUUAAAAUUUAACUUAACUAUGUUUGGUUGCGUCCAGUUCAUGUUCUUAUAACAGUUGUGGUAGGAAUAUAUACCGUAUAGUGUACUGUGAAGUAGCAAGAGAAAAAAAGAAGAAAAAGAAGAAGAAGAAAAAGAAGAAUUAAAGUUUUUUAAGUUCAAAUAUUGGUUUUUUGGUUGUGACUUGUUAUUCAUACAUUUACUUUAUUUAAAAUUAGAGAAAAUAUAAGAUAUAGGAAGAAAGAAAAAAAAUAACUAAAAAAUGUACCGCGGAGAGGAUUUGGACCAAGAAGUACCGUAUAUAUACCCAGAGGAAUCGCUACCUCUACUAUCUCACGAGGAGGAGUUACUAUCCAAUCAGAGAGAUGAACAAGAGAAAUUCUCCCUUUAUCAGAACGACGACAAAAUUUCUUUUGACACACAAGACUUAUUUCAAGAUUUGUCGCAAAUGCAAGAACACUGGAUGAGAGCUGCGCAAACGGUAAAAGAAGACCAGUUUGUCCCCGAAGUUUUGAAAACACCGACAGGAGUAGAAAAGCCAAGAAAACAAGUGGUCCAAACAGAAUACGGUCCAGUUCAGAUUAAAAUUGAGGAUGAUAUUGCUACUGAAAGUGAAUACACACCCAAUUGCUGUAUGGUAAAAGACGAACCGAUCGAUAAUGAUGUAAACGAAACCCUUUUGCAAUCCAAUGAUCCAUCACAAUCGUGUUUAUCCCCAUCUUGUAAUGUCAACUUGUCGCUGUUAUCGCCUCGAUCAGACGAUAACUAUCAAAUACCUUCUCCAUGUAACGUUGAAUACAUCGAGUCCCUUGGUUCACCAAUUUACCCGCCACAACGUUCAGCGUAUACAAAAUGCGAUGAUAUGAUUGGUGGAAACAACAAUAACAGCAGAUCUUCACCAAUGUAUCCUGCUCAUCCACCGGAGUUGAUCCGGUCGAGUUAUAACUCCGGACGCUUAAAUCACGGUUAUCAAUCGAACAGCUUUGAAACUAUCAAAAGCUUGGAGACGACAAAAACAUUUAAUCCUGUCAAAAUAUUUGACUCUGGGAAACCAUUUGACUCGAUUAAAUCAGAAAUAAGCGAGACAACUUACGGUGAAUCUCCAACCAAAGUUUAUCCGACAAUCAAGCUUUCGACAACAAGCGAAUAUUAUGGCGCACGAUAUGAACCUCAAAGAUAUAAACCCCGUUACCAUUACACAGGUCGCUACAAUCCGUAUAAAGACCAUUGUGAAACGAAUCAUCACCAUCGAUCCUAUCAUAGGCGUGGAACAUUACAGUUAUGGCAAUUCCUCGUCGCACUUUUGUCAGAGAAAGAUUGUCAGCAAUAUAUUGCGUGGGUCGGAAGAGGUCUGGAAUUCAAACUUAUCGACCCUGAAGAAGUUGCGCGCAGAUGGGGCAUUCAAAAAAAUCGGCCUGCUAUGAAUUAUGACAAGUUAAGUCGCUCUUUAAGAUAUUAUUACGAGAAAGGGAUUAUGCAGAAGGUUGCCGGUGAGAGAUACGUCUAUCGAUUUGUUUGUAAUCCAGAGGCCUUAUUCAGUCUCGCUUUCCCAGACGGAAUGAGACCAUUAUUAAAACCUCAGUGUUGUCAGCCUCAAAAAGUUACAGAUCAACAGAUGUUAGCAGGAUCACGUGACCACUACUCAAUUUCAGCAUACUUGAACACUUCAAAUACAGGAGCACAUUACCCAACCACUUGGGUGUCGAAACCGCCAGAAAGUUAUGCUUUUCAACAGUAAAUCAAUCCUGCUCUAACUAUCAAAAGCUAGUGUUUGUUUCAAAUAAUAACAUCUUCGAGCGUUUUAAUUACCUAAUCUAAGUGGUAUGUAUCAAAAACACAAAAUAUAUCCCAAUUUUUUUUUAAGUAUGAAACUAAAAACAGUAAAAAUUUCCUUUUGGCGUUUUUUUUACGAAGAAUGUAAUUGGAUUCUUGACAGAACGAUAUUCAUCGAUACGCAUCAUGUGUCUUUUGGAGCUGCCUUAUACCGUAUCUAUACCUGAAAGAAUAUAUUUUUCAAAUAAGGUAUAUUCUGUACCAAACUUAGCUCGUACCACUACUUCUUACAGUAGAAAGUUCCCUGAAGCAAAAAAAAAUUCAAUUUCAGAGUGACAGUUGUUUUUUUCAAAAUAUUAAGUAGUAGACUUUGUUUACUAUUUUCCGCUGGUCCGGAAAAUAUUUAAACUGUUGAACAGACCCGCUCGAUCACAUGUUGUCUUCUUAGGAUGGUCGUCCAGACAUUGUUCCUAUUUCUGUUGCAGUUGUUGUUGUUUCCUUGUUUCCUUGUGUGUAUUUGUGUGCUUGUUUGUUUGUUUGUUUGUUUGUUUGUUUGUUUGUUUGUUUGUUUGUUUGUUUGUUUGUUUAUAGUAUUGUGACACAAAAUUAUAAAGUCAAUAUUUACUUUUAUGAAUAAACCUUAAUUAUUUUUAUCAAAACAUAAUUUGUAUCAUAAAUUAAUCUAAUGUAUAUUUAAUAAUAUAUUACUCAAAAUAAAUAAUACUAAAAAUGUU